CACGCCUUCUUAGAGUACUUCCAUGAGUAACAGUCUCCUGCCUACAUCGCCUUCUAUCCGCAGGGCAUCUACUAGGCGUAGAGCGGGUUCCAAUUUACCGCCUCUUCAGGACAGUCAUCAUGGUGCUCUCCAGGCCAUCCGGACUUUUCUGAAGGGCCGUAUAUGUUAUGACGCUUUUCCAAUCAGUUUCCGCCUUAUUGUCCUUGACACAAAACUCAGCGUCAAACGGGCUUUGCAGUGUCUUCUCAUGAACAGUGUUGUCUCGGCUCCUCUUUGGAACAGUGACAAAUCCGAAUUCGCCGGCAUGCUCACAGUUCUGGAUAUCAUACACCUCAUCCAAUACUAUUGGCGCACGACGGCGUCUUAUGAUUUUGCUACUGAGGAUGUUGAGACAUUACGCCUAGAGAAAUUGCGGGAAAUUGAGAUAGAACUUGGAGUCGCUCAACCUCCGCUUCUCCGCAAACAUCCAGAAAAUACCCUGUAUGAAGCUGCCCAGGUUUUGGUACAAACUCAUGCUCGGAGAUUACCGCUUCUUGAUUAUGAUUCGGACACUGGCCACGAAGUUAUUGUAUCUACAUUAACGCAGUAUCGUCUUCUCAAAUUCAUUUCAAUCAACUGCCACCAAGAGAUACAGAAGCUCAAUCUUUCCCUCCGUAGACUUAAGAUUGGUACUUACGUCGCCGCCUCCUCCCCAAACGAUGUUCCCGAGGGUCAAAGCCCCUAUCAUCCUAUCGCCACUGCCACAUUAAAUACCACCGUUUUUAGUGUUGUACAUAUGUUUUCCGAACUUUCAAUAUCUGCCGUUCCAAUCGUGAAUGAAGAUGGGAUCGUCGUCAAUUUGUAUGAAACCGUUGAUGUUAUGACGCUGGUUCGUUCUGGCUCCUACCAAUCACUGGACCUUACAAUAUCCGAGGCUCUAAAGCAAAGAUCAGUGGACUUUCCCGGUGUUGUUAUCUGUACCGCAUCAGAUUCUCUUGGAACUCUUUUGCAAUUGAUAAAGAAGCGACGUGUACACCGGCUCGUUGUAGUAGAAGGAGAGGAAGAGGAAAAGAAGGGAGGCAGAAAAGGCCGACUGCUGGGUAUCAUCACACUUAGUGACGUCCUGCGAUAUAUCAUGGGUGCUGGCACUAUCACCGAAGCGCAUGAACCUCGGCAGACGCAGACAACCUCUUCAUCUGGUCCACCUUCGGAGGGACCUUCUUCCCCAACCAUUCUUACCAGCCCGAGCAUUUCCACAGCACCCCCCAUGUCGUAGAGUCGGCUUUCUCGUUAUCCUCUUCGGCCAAGCAUCUAUUCAUGUCUUAGACUUCACAUAUCUGUAUGCUGUAUCCUUAGCUGUCAUGUCGAUUGUUAUCGUCGUUAUGUCCCUUGAAAUUGCUCUAAUACAGUGUUGAGCGCUACAAGGCUUCAUUUUCUCGUCUCUUAUCAUCGAUGUAUUUUUCUAUGUACUUACAAUUGUGCAUAUGUAACGCAUGAGUCUUGCGCUGUGUGCAUCAUAGCUGGAUAAUUGAAUAAUUAUUAAUGGAA